AACAAAAUCAAUUCUCCAAAUUAAAAUCUCGUCUUCCCCAAUUGGUUUAGCGCGACAAGAGCAUCAACGCAAUGGUGGGAACAUCAAGCUCCUCCGCCGGCGACCACACCCACACCGUCGUGAUAAAUGCCCUAACUAGUCGGGGCUGGUGCUUCAGAGACGUCGAAUACUUGAAAUCCCUGGUCACUGAAAUCUCUUCCUUGAUCGGCGGCGGCAAUAAAACAGGCGCCAUCGUGGAGUCAGUGGAGGCGGAGCUGCUUAACAUGGAUAUUAAGUUAAUCGGAGGUAAAUCCCUCCCGGACCCGACCGAGUUACGCAGGUGUUCUCAUCUUCAAGGCCCCAAAGUUCUCCAGAUAAGUUAUGUUAGGGAUGUUACAAGAAGUAGCGCAGAGGAAUUUGUGGGAAGUUCCACUGGUAAACGAGUGCUAAAAUUCGCUCUGACUGACGGGAAGACCGAAAUAUCCGCGCUUGAGUACUCUCAUAUACCAACGAUUAACAAUGAUGUCACUCCUGGUACUAAGGUACGUCUAGAAAAUAAGGCUGUGAUACGUGAUGGUCUAGUAUGUUUGACUCCAAAAGAGGUGACUGUCUUGGGCGGUUAUGUGCAAUCACUCACUGAAGAAUGGCAGAUGAAGAAAAAAUACGCUAGUUUGGCUCGAUCUCAGGAAAGCAAAGCUGGUGAUGGCCCUCCUCCAUUUGAGGAGUUGAAGAUUCGAACAGGUUCCCAUCACCGCGAUUACAACAAGACGACUUCUAGAAACAAUGUACCUAUUGCUGCAGAAAGCUCUGUAAAACAUGCCGGUGGAGAAAAAGGUGAAAGUAGUGAAGUUGAUGGGAACAAAAGAGGCACAAAUAAGAAUAUACAGAGGAAUCCUGCAGAUUCUGAUCCGAAAAUAUCUGUCGAAGUUGAAAAUCAGGAAAAGCGAAGCAGUUCCGAUACACGACCUAAACAAGUGGUGGAAGCUGUUCCUUUACAGAACCAAGCGGCUGCGCAGAUACUUCUUGAGAAGAUGAAACAUUCUAGUUCAAAUGAUAGGCAAUACCAAGGAAGAAGAGGUAGGGGUAGAGGUAGAGGUAGAGGGAGGGGGAGAGAAGAAGAAGACUCUGCAGUAUUUACACUAGAUGAGUGGGAAAAGAGGAAUACUGGUGGGGGGGCUCUUCCAACAGCUAACCAUCCAAGCGACACUACCCGCGAUGAAGAUCUUGCAUGGCAGCUUCAGAAUCAGUUUGAUCUGGAAGACUCUUAUGGGCAGGAGAUGCCUGGAGCCGGGGCAGCGGAUAUCAGAAUGAAUAUGUUUGAUUACGGAAGAACAGAAGAUAACUUCGGCCAUGGAAGGGGAAGAGGAGGAGGAAGAGGAAGGGGUAGAGGGCGAGGACAUAGACGGGGAAGAGGACGUGUGUAGAUUGUAAUGAAAUCAUCCAGGCUUGUGGUAAUUAAACAAAACUUCAUCAUUUACAUCUGUAUAUCUUUAUGUAUGUUUUAGAGUAAACAUGUAUCUUAUUACAUAUUUUAGAGCAUUAUUACUCAUGUAUGCUUUGGUUCUCACAGGUGUGGCAGCGCUGAAUCUGUACAUGUUUGUUUUAGGGUGAUUCAGAAUUUCAGAUUUUCGUGAGAGGUUUUGAAUUUGAACAUAAAGGCUGCUAAGUCAUUUAUCUUUCUUUGUUGCUAUAGUAAUUCUUUGCGAAAAGAUGUUGAAGUUCACCAGUAGCUUCCUCAACAACUCAUCUGAAGUGAGACACUCUUAAAAUGAAGUUUACAUUACAACAAAGUUAUAUCUAAAACACCAUU